CAGAUAAUUGAAUGUUUGUCUUUAUUAUUCUUAAAGCAUCAACCUUCUGUGACAGUAACCCCUGUCAGAACAAUGGUGUCUGUGAGCCUGCUUCCUCAACUUUCAGAUGCAAAUGUGCUAAUGGUUAUGCUGGCCGAUUCUGUGAAAGACGUUGUGAAAUCGUGAAGGACAUUGCUUUUGUGUUGGAUUCUUCAAGUAGUGUCGGAGAAAUUAAUUUUGAGCGUAUGCUUGAUUUCACAAGUAAACUGGUAGAUGAUUUAGCGGAUAGAAAUAUGAGAUAUGCUUUGAUUACUUAUAGCAAUGCUGCUACUUUAGUAUUUACAUUCUCUCGUUACUCCGAUGCAGAAACAGUUGCUUCUAUUAUUAAGCGCACAGCCUACAAACCUGGAUCUACAAACACAGCUUCAGCCUUAGCCAAUGCUGCAGAUAUAUUUUCUAUUGAUUAUGGCUCCAGACCAUCAGCUGAAAAAGUUGUCAUUUUGAUAACAGAUGGUUUGUCUAAUGUUGAUUAUCAUUUAACUAUUCCAAACGCUCAACGUCUGAAAGCACGUGUUAAUAAAGUUAUGGCUAUAGGGGUGGGUCUUGAUAAUACAGAGGAAAUUAGGCAAAUAGCUUCAGAUGAUAAAUUCAUGUACACUGUUCAAGAUUUCACAUUAUUAGAGGAUGUUGAAAAUGAUAUUGUAGGUGAUACAUGCCUCAUGCAAGAGAGAAAGGAUUUAAGAGAUGAUGUUGAGAUGGAGAUAGAGACUGAUUCAGAAGAUGAUUUCGGCGAUGAUAUAGAGAGUGAAAAUAAUUAUGAAAGAGUAACUAGACCACUUUCAGUUGCUUAAUUACAUGACUGGCUUCAUUUUAAAGCUAGAAUUAUAUGUCUGAGGGAAAUGUAUUUUUGAAAAUAUUUUCUUUUUGAUUUUGAAAGGAAAUAUUUAAAAAUAAUGUUCACUUGCCAAUAACUUCAGUCACUUUAAACUUCAUUUAAACUAAAUCUAAAGAUGAAGUAGAAUAAUGAAUUGUGACUUACACCAGUUAGUUUUGGGACUCUUUAAAAUUUUCUUUUUUCUAAAGUAUGGUUGCUAUUUUUAAUUCCUUUCCCUUCCGCUAAUUCCUCUAAGUCAAACUUGAGCACCAAACUGACCACCAUCAGGAAGUCAUUGUAUAUAUGCCAUCAUUUUUGUAAAAGUGUUCAAUUUUUUUUGAAAAUGGAAAGUCAUAAUACAAAAGAAAGAGUGAUUUAGUUCAAAUAUAGACUUUCAAAUAAAUUUGUCCCUAAUACUUGUUUUUUUUUUUAAAUAAAAACAAAAAAGAAAAUAAGUUGAAACAAA